GAAUUUCCAAAUGGUCAGUCCGCCCUUAGCAUGAGAGCCCAUUCAUUUGAAUGGACUCCCGUGCCCACGACAUGCAGGGAAAGAAGUCCCUGCACUUCUUUGGAAAACACAGCCUGCACGGGAACCUCAGUUUCCAGUACAGUUGCGUUUUCCAGUGCGGGCGGCGUGCCAUUAGAACUAAUGGCACCCCCGCCCGCGGGUCCGCAUUCCUCUGUGCGGGUGGUGCGGCUGCACGGAUUUUUUUUUUCGGAUCCGCAGCGGCACCACCCGCACAGAUGUGAGCCUAGGGUGACUAGAGACUGGGAUGUCUUCGACAGUUCAGUC